AUGCUGAUCCUCAAGAUGCCAUUCAUGGCGCUUCCCUCUCCUGAUGCACUCACUGCGCUUGCAAAGCUUACAUCUGACCCAAACAAUAUCGUGUACAUCAUUUCUGGUUGGGACCAGGCAUUCCUCAAGGAACAUCUAGGGCACUUCCCACGCCUUGGGAUGAGCGCAGAGCACGAUGGAUUCAUCCAUUCACCUGACAGCACUGUGUGGAUGAAUUUCACUGCAAGUUUGGACAUGGGAUGGAGGAAGGAAGUGGUGGAGAUUUUCAGGUAUCAUACAGAGUGUACGACUGGGAGCCAUAUCGAGAUGAAGAAGAGCUCUAUUACUUGGCAUUAUCAGUCAACUGAACCAGGGUGGGGACAGUUCCAGUGCAGGCAGUGCCAGGAUUUGUUAGAGAAUAAUGUGGUGUCCAAGAGCUUGAUCAAGAUGCUCGUGGGUAAGAAGAAUCUGGAAGUGAGGCCUAUUGCUGUGAACAAGGGCGAGAUUGUCAAGCAUAUAUUAUAUCAGAACCCUGGAGUCGAGUUCAUCUUCUGUGCUGGCGACAACAAAACCGAUGAAGACAUGUUCCAUGCCCUACUCCUCUUCUCACCUUCCUCAAUUGGUAAAGUCACGAUGGAGCCCCUGCUCUCAGUGAUGCUCGUUGACGAUGCCACCAAGGAGUAUAGUGAUGUAGAGCUCAUGGUGGUGGAGCAGAUGUGGUAUUUGGUUGGGGAGACUCCUCAGGGAGAGGAAGUGAAGGGGUAUUUGAUGUACAAGGGGCUUCUCGGCUUAUAUUCAGAUCUUGGAGUGCUCAUCAAUUAUACAUUAUACUUACAAGUGAUCCCUUUCAGUCGGCACUAUGCAGUAUGUGACAAGCAGGCUGUCAUGAUUGUAGUUCUUGCACCUUCUAUGCAAUUCAGAUAA